UGUUAAUUUUCCUUUUCAGAUGCCUUUUAUACUGAGAAACUCAUGGGUCUGCUCGCGGAUAAUCCAGCAGGCUACAACUACACUGAUGUUACACAGCUUUAUGAGGGCUUUAGAGGGAAGAAGUUUCUGCUGAUGGCAGGGACAUUAACUACUGAAUCUCUAUAUCUACACAGUGCGGCCCUUGCUAGGAGUUUGCAGAUGAAUCUUGUUCCUUUCCGAUUCAUGCCUUUCAUUGAAGAAAGAUAUAUUGACUCAAGUUGGUCAAUUGCAAACUUUCCAAUCUUCUACUUUAUGGAACAAGUUCAAUUCUUGUCGGAAUUCUAUGGAGUGGUACCAAAAACCAAAGCCUGAAAAUGCAAUGUUGGACUUCAAUUAUUCAAUACUAUCAUUAUAAUAUUAUCUAUCUAUUAUAGUCAUAAGGGGUAUUCAUGAUCCUGAGUUAGCUAUCCAAGGACUAUAUGCACCAUCUACAUUGAACGCUAAACAACAAUAUUACUUACUGGUCACAUUCAUUCUGAUUAGUUACAUUCCAGGUUUAAAUGAUCUGAUGAUUUAUCUCGGCUUAAACUGAGAUGGUGCCUAUGGGCCUUAUUCGAGCUAUUUUUAAUUAGAAUCAACUUUUUUCUGUAAUAUCCUGUAUUACAAAUCAAUAAACUAUACUAUACUAAGUUUUUGG